CUCGUUAUGGCAAUCUGCCUUCUUUUUGUUGCACACCAAUACUACCGGGAAUUCGGAGGUCAAGGCUGGCUGAAGGUCAGGGACGAGAGUCAGGAACAGGACAAGUUUUACGCAGACACUUUGUUUCUCCCUUUGAGGAGGCAGGAAGUUUGGAAAGUGGAUCCACAGAGAAGAUCACCACAGCACAAUGUACCAUACUAUGUUUGUGGGGAUCAGCAGAGCAGUUGCGAAACAUAUGAGCAACCUUCACAAUUCGAGUGUCAAGCCUCCGAGUCCCGCCCACCGAAAUGCCUAGCAUCUCUUGUUCAAUGUUCUGCCGAAACUGGUGGUGGAUGUUGUCCAAAGAACGACCUGUGUUCGCCGAACGGAUGCAUACAUAUUUCAACCGCCUCCAUCAUUGGGACCUCGCUCAAUUCAACAACUAGCGAUGCUGGAACCGCAACAUCCGGUCCAGUUUCUAUCUCUCCUUCUUCUAUGAUAAAUGGGCAAGUAACGCCGAUCACGAUCACCAAUACAGUGGUUGAAGCACCCGCAGCAACAUACACCGUGACUAAAGAGGGAGAGGUGGCGCAGAUCGAGAAAGGUUCCCAAGGCUCAGUAAUGUCAACUUUGUUCGUUCCGUACUCGUCUGGGUGGUUCCUGGUACUUGUAGCAGUAUUGAUGGGAAUCCGUUGA